AUGUUCCAUCUAUAUGAAUUGCUGAUGUUCUUUUUGAGGCACCCGAGAGACAAAUAUGAAGAAGAAUUUCUUGGACCCAUUUUCCUUCACUUUAAUGGAAAAAAUUACUACAGGAGAGAUAUGAUUAUUAACAACCGACGAGGAGAGAAACUCAAGUGUUGCUUCUUCACUCCUUUUAACUACAAUGAAAAUACCCCUUGUGUUAUUUACACCCAUUCGAGUUGUAGCUGUCAGCUGGAGGCCUUGGAUAUCCUGCACAUAUUGCUAAUAUGCGAGUGCUCUAUUUUUUCCUAUGAUUGCUCAGGGUGUGGUUUGUCCGAUGGUUACUUCUCUACAAGUGGUUGGAAUGAAUCCCAGGACCUGUUUUUGAUUUUGAAUCACUUGAGGAAUGUAGAACACGUGAAGAACUUCGCCCUUUGGGGGAAGUACUCCGGUGCAGUCAGCUCCAUCAUUGUGGCGUCUCUGGACGCCAACAUUAAGUUGCUGAUCGUGGACUCCCCGUACGUGUCCCUGACCGAGCUGUACAAAACCACGUUCCACCUGAGCGCCAAGGGAAAGGCAGAAAUCAUUUUUAAAAACAUCUGCCUCUACUUUGCUAAAAGAAAAAUUAAAAAGAAAUUCCACUACGACAUAGAAAACAUUUGCCCCGUUUUCUUCAUCGAAGAUAUAACCAUCCCAACAAUAUAUAUAAUAUCAAGAAAUGAUAAAAUAGUGCACCCAGCCCAUACCCUAUACCUAGCAUACAAACAGAAAAGUCAACAGAAAAUUAUUUACACAUGUGAAAAGGCAGCACAUGCAUAUGAAUCAUUUUCUUAUGACAAUAAAUUAACGGCAGCCAUACGGACGGUGUUAUUUGGAGCAGAGAAAGGUGAGGUGCAAAAUAUGUUCAGUGUGUAUACAUACAUGAACGUAUUUAAUGGGCUUAUGGAGAAAUAUGCUCACGAGUUUUGCUUUAUCGAUUCGUUAAUUCAAAAAAAGUUGGGCAAGAAGAAUAAAAUUAUUGACAAGGUUAAGCGCUUCAUUUGUUUCAAAUACCAGUCGAAGGCUUCCCUCACUUCAUCCAGCUGCUUCAAGUAAAUGGAGGAGCCCAAUGCCCAAUCUACAAUCGAUUCCAUCCGUGACGCGAGUACGACAGGCGAAAAUGACUACAUGCAGUACGAGCCAUCCAAGAAUGGCCUGUGUUGGAAAUUCAAAAGUGUAUCAGGUGAGCAGGACGAACGAGACAAUCACGGGCUGAGCGAAGAACAGGACCCGCGGGAGGACCACGGGCUGGCGGACGAAUAUGAAUACCCAUUUCGCGAUGUUAACGAUGGUUGCGAUGUUAACGAUGGUUGCGAUGAUCACAAUUUUAUGGGUGGCAAGGAUGCAACAGAGAACCUGCUUGACGCAUCUCCCCUCAAAGGCUACGAUGCCAAUAAGGUACCCGCGUUCAGGUCAACAUUCCACGCAGGGGAACAAUCGGGGCAAAGGCGGUUUAACUUAAUGCACAUGCAGAGCGCGCGCAGUUCCCUCAAAUCAAAAAAGAACACGUACAAGAAGUCCCUAACGUGGGACACCAAGUUACAGAGCGCUGUCACGUAUUCCAAGGAGGACUGCCCCUUCGAGCUGCUAAAAAGUUAG